AUGAAUUCCAAGGAGAAAGCGAAACAUGGCCGCUCGGAAACGGUACGGAGAAACACACUUGAACGUAUGCUCGAGUUAGAGAACAGGAGCAAGCUGCAGCGCAUGCAAGCCUCGACAGCAGCAGUCAGUCAACCGCUGCGCAAUAGCUUUUUCCGCGAGAGGCGUCCGAGCAAUUCUAAUGUAUACACCAACUUUCCUCCCGAACGUCCUGUCCCAUUCAGACAACCAGAUCGAGCAAUGACUGUCCCAACAUUAUCCGUUGCGGUGCCUCCUGCGCAGAUAUUCGAAACCCCCAAAACAGCACCCAAAGCAUCUAAAAAGGUGUUUGUGGUUGAGCCGGUGAAGGAAAAGUCCCCGCAGAUUGUUGCAGAUAUAAAUGCAGACGAUUCUGAUGCAUCCUCGAUAUGCCGGUCGCCGGCUUGGGAUGGUGGUGACGGCAAGCAAAGAAGAAUGGCAAAGAAAGAAGCUCAAGACAUGCGCAAGAAGGAAGAAGAGCGGCUAAGAAAAGAGAAAGAAAAGGCCGAAAGGGAGACCCGAGCCGCGGCACAAAAACAAAAGGGUCGAUUGAGCAAGGCGCCUCCAACCAACAAGCGCCUAAGUAAGACGAUCCCCGCAGUUCCAGUGGGUCGAGCCAACUCUGAACCUGCAGUACAAGUUGCGCCGGAAACUAUACAAUUGAGUCCUGAUCCCGAUGAUGGUAGACGAUCAAGGCGAACGAGUUUGGAUCUUGGUCUCAAGAAACUUAUGUCUUCUUUCAGAUCCAGAUCCAGAUCCACAAGCAUUUCUGCGGAUGCAACGCCAAGAAAUCAAACAACCUCGAGUUCUCCAACCUCGACCGGAUUCAUUGGAGGCUUAAAAUUGCAGCAAUCCAGUGAAGCGGCGGCCCAAAACGAACUCCGAGACGGGAAAUCGUCAAAUAGCAGACCAGCCAGUCACAAUAACAAACCUAGUCAGAGUCGACCCCCCAUAUCACUUGAGAAUUCUCGAUAUCGUACAUUGGACCUGAUGGCUCCGUCUGGAACCAGUGCACCUGCUGUCGAACUCCCAACUAAAUCUCAAAGUGAGGACUCUUAUAGGCCCCACACUCUGAAAGGGCCGGAAGCCAGUGAACAGCCCGCUAGUGAUCUAGAACCAAUCAUGAAUAGAAAUCCUCGAGCCCGAAAACCGAACGAAAAUUUGAGGUUGGAUCAUGUCACAGAGUCAACAGUGAAUUAUAAGGCCAAUUAUAAGCCUCAGUCGCCGCAUGCUGCUCCGCCAUCUCCAGGCUUUAGAUUUGGCUUGGAGAAAACCUUACCAUCAACCCGAAAAGUACAAGAACCUUUGUAUUCUCAGACUUUUGAUAUAUCUCCUGAAGAUACCAAUUCUGACAACAACGAAUAUUUUCCACAGCAAAAAAUCCACGGCAAAGAACGAGAUUUAAGCAGCUCAACUCACGAUAUCAAAUUGGACGCCGCUCCGAUACAAGAAGUUAUGAGACGAACACCGUCAAUUCAUAAUGCGACUGGACGUAGUAGGCCGGUUUCUCGAGCUAGAGAAAGUGCGGAAGUGGUGGACCAUGAAGAAGAUUUUCGGGCAUUCAUAGGCGAUGAAGACACUCCUCCAGGUUUCAGGCUCACUGCGCAACCGUCCCAGAGCAGUAUUCAACCAGAAGAGGGCAUGUUCUCUAGGCGCGAUUUGCAAGCCCCAUCUUUCUAUCCAAGCCCAUUAUCGCUCCAACCCAAAGGAGCCAAGAAUGGUACAGCAAAUGUAAGUCAUAGAUAUUCGUCUGCCCCAGACUCGCCUUCUCUGCAAACCUCUCAUCUGGAUGAACCUCUUAAAAAGUUACGCCCGCAAUCUACUUUUUCGCCACGUGCCGCUGGCUUCGAUAGCAGAUCUGAAUUACCGAGCCAAUCUGCUCGGAGAGUAUCAGAACCUCAAUACUUAUCUCCCAUCGCUUUGUCGCCUCUAGAAAUCAAUCCUGUGCCACAGCAGAGACUCUCUGCCCAAACGGUCAACCCAACUUCACCUCGUCGCCAGAAGGACCGAAGAUCCAGCUCUAGAUCUUACACAGGAUCAAGUGAGGAAUACCUGAGUUUCGAUGAGCAGUCCAGUAUCACUACCCCAACAGUUUCAAGACCACAGUCGCAGAAGGGCCCUAUUGCAUCUAGUCAUGAUACCGCAUCUCGCAAGUAUCACAAAGUCCAAGAUUCUUGGAAUCAAACUCCGAUUCCGGUUAAAAUCAAGGACGAAGAAGGCAAUACUUAUACGCUAAGUGGCCAGGCCACUUCUACUUCCCAAUCUGCAAAUCUUCAUGCGUCUCUAGCUUCUGCAGAUCCCAACACAGAUGCGGGAGUUGCAGAUCUUCAACGGAGACUCAGUUUGAGCAAGUCGUCAUCAACUACUGCGCUGCAACAUACUUUGAAUUUCCUACCAGAGCUCAAACAUCAACCAUUGCGUCCACGACAAGGUCCUGGGAAACGACAAAGUAGUGAGGGAAAGAAUGUACUUGGGAAAGGAGAUGGAAAUGGACACGGGCACGGUGGAAAGCCAAGACGAGAAUCGGCAUCUACCUCUGCUUACGCGCAAUACAACGAUUCCAAAAACUCACUUAUGUCAUCAUCUGCUUUUAACGGAGGCGAAUCAUCAAAUUCCAACAGCAAUUCCAGCUCUUCCGAAAAAGACAACAGUAACGACAGCAGCCAAUAUCUUCGAUCAGCCCGUCUCGCGAUCCCACCCAGAAAAGGCCCUCGCAUGUCCAACCAAAUCGCAGCUUCUUCAGCACAGAGUCUUCACAGUAAUGGACAGGGAGGGAUUGAACCGAUGGCAAAAAUGUUUGUUAUUUGCUGUGGAUGCAAUUAUUUCCAUGACAUGCCGAGUAAACUCUACGAGUGCAUGGCAAAACCGGAGGCAGUGGUUAAGGACGAGGGAUUGGGAGUUAGUGGGGUGGUUAGCACGAGGGUUAGUUGUCCUUGGUGUGGUCACGGGAUGAGUACGAGGUGUUGUGAGGGGUGGGCAGCGGUGGUGGUUCUGAAGGAGAGGAUGCAUUAG